AUGGCCAACACGACUAUCACCGCAACGGUGACUAACGCCGAGACAAUACGGGCGGGCGGGUCGUCCCACACGGCACUGGAGGUGCGCUUCUGGUACUUGGGGUGCAAAGGCUUCUUAGGGAACAUGAGAUCGAAGUCGGUCUUAAAGGCCUCCAACAGGACAUCCCCGGAGCCGAACACCUCCUUCACGUCGCGGACAGACAUCCAGAUCCGAGUGAUCCGUCCGCCCAACUACUCGGGAACGUUAGCACUGCUCAUACUGUUCGCACUGAUCGGGGCGUUGCUGUACAUGAGGCGCAAUAACCUGGACUUCCUCUACAACAGGACCUCCUGGGGGUUGGCGGCACUGUCAAUAGUGUUGGCGAUGACCUCCGGCCAGAUGUGGAACCAUAUCCGGGGCCCACCUCUGAUGCACCGCACAAACAAAGGCGUCUCUUAUAUUCACGGCAGUAGUGGCGGACAGUUCGUCAUCGAGACGUACAUUAUAUUCAUAUUAAGCGUCUCUUAUAUUCACGGCAGUAGUGGCGGACAGUUCGUCAUCGAGACGUACAUUAUAUUCAUAUUAAACGCCGCCAUCACUUUUGGUAUGAUUUUGAUGAAUGAGGCCAUGAAAGGAAAGGGAGACUCGAAAAAGAGGAAAAUUAUGGCGAUCGUAGGCAUGGGAUUAGUGGCCGUAUUCUUCAGUUCAUUGAUAUCCAUAUUCCGGAGCAAAGCUCACGGAUAUCCCUAUAGUUUUCUAUUCAAAUAAACGCAAUAACUUAUUGUCCAUAAGUUUUGUAUGAAAUGCUUUUUGACGACAAAUAGUAUUUAAAUUUUAAAUUUCGUGUGAUUUUUGUUUUCACUGCAUGUUUGGUCUGUUUUCAAAGGUUAUUAGCGAUGCCUACAAAGUUUGGACAUUAUUUGUAAU